AUGCAGAACGUCAUACGCCGGACCACCCUCGCCAGAAACCAAGCGGUGCGGAGGGUGAAGAUCCAGCAAAAGCAAGAAGUGCGCGAGGAAGUCAAAAACUUCCUCCGCGAACAGAGUCAACGAGAGAAGAACAAACACCAGCUAGCAAGAGACUCCAGGCUCCGCCGACGAGAUGAUUGGUUACGCGGCGCUAUAGCACCAAAGUUUGAUUCGGGACUGCAGGCUGAAACCUAUGGAACAGCACCCCCGUUCGGAAUGGCGUUGCCAAAAAUUCCGAAACAUCUACGAAGAAAGUAUGUCAACUUUGCAAAAGGAGACCGGGUCGCGAUCUUGAGGGGCCAAGACAAGGGGAAAAUAGGCGUCAUAGAGUCUGUCGAUCUGGAAAGAGAGUCUGUUACGCUCAAAGACCACAAUAUCGCCGAUGUCGAUAUGCCGCAAUGGCUCAAGGAUGCAUACAACUCGAAAAACUCGGUUUCGGCUGUCGCAAUCUCGCUUUCCAUUAACGAUAUUCGCCUCGUCGUUACGCUGGAAGAAAAUGGCACUCCAUACGAGGCGAUUGCCAAGUACGUGGUCGGAGGCUCUCCAAUCAUUAAACGACCCAAUGCAAUCACACCAAAACACACCAGGUAUAUUCAGGGAGAAAACAUUCCGAUUCCAUGGCCAAACGAAGAUGUGAUUCCCACUAUCGAAGACAACGAUGCCGACACUCUUCGCCAAGAGGUUGAACAUGAAACUUUCGUUCCCUCGAUGCAAUAUGCUCCAUUUGAGAGCAGCAUCAUCGACGAACUGAGAAACAAGUACUCCAAGUAUCGAACACGCCAUGACCCUGAGUGGGUGAAAGCCAAGAAGAUGGAAGAUCUCAAAAAGGAGUAUCUAGCCACGCGGGCCAUGUUGACCCCCCAGGGUGAACUCAAAGCUCGACGUCUGGCAGCCAGGGAAAAGGCUAGAAAGAGCCUAAUGGAUGAGAAUGGCAACUACAAAAUAACCAAGGAUUCGGCUUCUUUCAUCGAAAACUAUAUGACAAAGCAGAAGAGCGAAGAGGAACAAGCGGACAUAACAAUGGCGUUUGCUGCCAUUAAUUCAUCCACAGCACCGAAUGCCUUUUCGGUCGUGGACACUACAACUCCGCAACCGCCUGCACCGGCAGUGAACCAUGCAACUAUUGACCAUGCUUUUGCGGGCGAUGUGUCGUUGAAAAAACGCGUCUAUGAUGCUAUCAGCGCCAGUCCCCAGCACGGAGAGCUCUUCCAGGACAUUGCGCAAUACACAUCGACCUUGCAGUCGCGAUUAGAAGCCCAAAGCAACAACAACGAGUCGAGACAACAACCGACAGCCGAUCAGCCACUGGCUAAAAAACGGAAACUAGAGAACGGCCAGACCGCGGCGAGUGUUGAUGCGAAAGAUGCUCCACUACAAUUUUACGCUCAAGAUAUAUCCUUUGCGGUACCUCAACGGAAAAAAUUGACGCUGGAGAUUACAGCUGCAGGCGGCUACCUCCGUGCCAAGAAUCAACAAUCUCACAAUAUUGAAUUUGGUAUUGCUUUGCAAGAUAUUGAGCAUGCAGUGUGCCUCCCAGUCCCUGAAAAAGCCCAACGUCAAUUCAACUUUUGUAUCAUACCUAAGAACGGUGAUAGCGUCACGACAGUGCCUGACGGCCAACCCGUUCCGGACACAAUGGUGUGGACAGUUCCAGACGGGCCUCCCAAGGCAGCAUUCACGGGGAAUGGACAACGCAUUGAAGGCAGUGAGCAUGGAGAGGCUCUUAUCAGACGUAUGCUUGAUAGCGGACUUGGUCGUACAAAGGUUAUUCGACCCGACGAUCGAGAAUUCGUGAGCGCUACACCUGAAGCACAUCGCAAGGGUGAAAAGGCAUAUCAUGUAAAAGCACACAAGGGUAGCAAAGAUGGCUAUUUGUUUUUCCUUUCUACCGGUAUUCUGUUUGGAUUCAAGAAACCGCUGUUAUUCUUUUCGUUUGCGAAUAUCGACUCGACCUCAUACACUUCUGUCCUCCAGCGAACAUUCAACCUCAGCAUCGCCACCCGGGGAGACGCAAGCGAAGAAACUCAAGAAUUCGAGUUCUCAAUGAUUGACCAAGCCGACUUUGCCGGAAUCGACGCGUAUUUAAAACGACAUGGUCUCCAAGACGCAAGUUUGGCCGAGGCGAGAAGGGCCAAGAAGUACAACGUAAAUGGGCUAAAGGGAGAAGAAGCAGCAGCAGCAGCAACAGCGGAUGAGGAAGGGGCUGAAGGGACUGAAAGCGAACUCCAAAAGGCUGCGCGCGAGUUGGAAGAUCAGGAAGAUGAGGAGGAAGAGGACUAUGAUCCCGGCAGUGAAGGCGAAAGCGAGGGCAGCGGGUCCAGCAGCGAGGAAGAAGAUGAAAAUGGAGAAGGGGGUGGGAAUGAUGAUGAUGAUGACGAUGACGAAGAGGACGAAGAGGAUUUGGUCAAGGAUGAGUUGGGCAGCGAGGCCGAAGAUGUGUCUGGCGACGAGCUAUAG